GACAUCUUAAUUCUUGCCUGGGUUUAAUUUAUAAUUGACUUGAAUAUGGGUGCAGAGCAAUCGGCCGUGUUGGCCUGCACUCAGACGGGGAUACAGGAAGAACCUUUGAAACUGGUUAACUCGGAGCUAUUUUUCCGCUUGUACUUUGAAAAGAUGCGGAAGCCUGUUACGGGUCCUGUGACAGAAGCGCUUUUACACCUGGUAGAACAUUUGCAAAAGUCGAGGGCUGUAGUUAAUGCUGAAGAAACUCAAUCGACCCAGGAGGAAGGUGACAGCAGUGAAUGUGGCUUUGAUUCGGAGUACAGCGAUGACAGUGAAACAACAAACUGUGAUGUUGAGUUAUAAACUCUGCAGACCCCCUACCAUUAAUCAAUUCUCACCAAUAAUUGAACAUUGAUUUAACAUACGAAUUUAUGUACAGAACUAA